AUGCCCCAAGCAGGGUAUCCAGGCUGCAGAGGUACCAUGGCUAAGUCACACCUGCUGCAGUGGCUGCUGCUGCUGCUGCCCACACUCUGUGGCCCAGGCACUGCUGCCUGGACCAUCUCAUCCUUGGCCUGUGCCCAGGGCCCUGAGUUCUGGUGCCAAAGCCUGGAGCAAGCAUUGCAGUGCAGAGCCCUAGGGCACUGCUUACAAGAAGUCUGGGGACAUGUGGGAGCUGAUGACCUAUGCCAAGAGUGUGAGGACAUCGUCCACAUCCUUAACAAGAUGGCCAAGGAGGCCAUUUUCCAGGACACGACGCGGAAGUUUCUGGAGCAGGAGUGCAACGUCCUCCCCUUGAAGCUGUUCAUGCCCCAGUGCAACCAAGUACUCGACGACUACUUCCCCCUGGUCAUCGACUACUUCCAGAACCAGAUUGACUCAAAGGGCAUCUGUAUGCACCUGGGCCUGUGCAAAUCCCGGCAGCCAGAGCCAGAGCAGGAGUCAGGGAUGUCAGACGCCCUGCCCGAACCUCUGUGGGACCUUCUGCCAGACCCUCUGCCGGACAAGCUGGUCCUCCCCGUCCUGCCCGGGGCCCUCCAGGUGAGGCCUGGGCCUCACACACAGGAUCUCUCCGAGCAGCAAUUCCCCAUUCCUCUCCCCUACUGCUGGCUCUGCAGGGCUCUGAUCAAGCGGAUCCAAGCUAUGAUUCCCAAGGGUGUGCUAGCUGUGGCAGUGGCCCAGGUGUGCCGCGUGGUACCCCUGGUGGCGGGUGGCAUCUGCCAGUGCCUGGCUGAACGCUACUCUGUCAUCCUGCUCGACAUGCUGCUGGGCCGCAUGCUGCCCCAGCUGGUCUGCGGCCUCGUCCUCCGGUGCUCCAUGGAUGACAGCGCUGGCCCAGGUGAACCCACAGGAGAAUGGCUGCCACAAGACUCUGAGUGCCGCCUCUGCAUGUCCGUGACCACCCAGGCCAGGAACAGCAGCGAGCAGGCCAUACCACAGGCACUGCUCCAGGCCUGUGUCAGCUCUUGGCUGGACAGGGAAAAGUGCAAGCAAUUUGUGGCUCAGCACACGCCCCAGCUGCUGACCCUGGUGUCCAGGGGCUGGGAUGCCCACACCACCUGCCAGGCUCUGGGGGUGUGUGGGACCACGUCCAGCCCUCUCCAGUGUAUCCACAGCCCUGACCUCUGAUGAGAACUCAGCUGUCCAGAAAAAAACACCGUCCUUUAAAGUGCUGCAGUAUGGCCGGACGUGGUGGCUCACACCUGUAAUCCCAGCACCUUAGGAGGCCGAGGCAGGAGGAUCACUCGAGGUCAGGAGUUCGAGACCAGCCUCGCCAACAUGGUAAACCCCGUUUCCACUAGAAAUACAAAAAAUUAGCCAGGUGUGGUAGCGUGUGCCUGUAAUCCCAGCUACUCAGAAGGCUGAGGGAGGAGAAUCGCUUGAGCGCAGGAGAAUCACUGGAGCCCAGGAGGCGGAGGUUGCAGUGAGCUGAGAUCGCACCAUUGCACUCCAGCCUGGGUGACAGAGCAAGACUCCAUCUCAGUAAAUAAAUACAUAAAAAGCGCUGCAGUAGCUGUGGCCUCACCCUGAAGUCAGUAGGCCUGGGCCUACCUCACUCUCUCCCUUGGCAGAGAAGCAGGUGUCCACAGCUUCUCUUGCUCACAAGGGCUCCCAGCCUGCCCUCUGGCUGCUGCUCUCCCCUCCCAGUCUCUACUCAAUGGGAUGAGGUGAGGUCGUGAGGACACCAAAAAUCUAAAAAUAAACAAAAACCCAAAUAAGCCUUAGCUUUUUUAAAGACUGAAAUGCCUCAAGGUGUCCCUUUAUUUAUAAAAUAACUUUUGUCAUAUUUCUUAUACAUGUUUCUUGUAAGAAAUUCAGAAACUACAGACAAAAAGAGUGGAAAUUACCCACUGUCAGGCCUCUGAGCCCAAGCUAAGCCAUCCUAUCCCCUGUGCCCUGCAUGUAUACAUCCAGAUGGCUUGAA